CAAUACGAAAGGUAUAGUUAUGUCGCAACUUUUAAUUGGCACUGGUAACUAAUUACUUUCAGAGGAUAAUAAAAAAAAAUUGUUUGUUGGAAUCUUCCUGUAUCGAAUACUGUCAUACAGAUUUUUGCAUUUUUGUAAAAAAGUCAAAUAAAAACGUAAUGUUUUUUUCACAGAAAUUAAACUCUUCAUCAUAAUGACUCUAUUUUCACCUGUAUUGUGAUCCAAUUAAAUCUCACAAAAGUCACGUGGUACAAAGGCGAAGCGAAAAAGAGUUGCGCCUUGGCGAGGAUAAUACCGUGCUGUUGAACACGUGCGGACGUUUUCUUUUAUGUCUUGCGUUCUUUAGCGGGAGGUAAUAAUUACAGUUGCACCUUCUUUGUUGUCCUGUCCAAUGACAAACAAAAAUGGCUGUGAUUUCCCCUUAUUAUUAUCUCACCAUUUCUUUAUCACGACAAUUGAGUAAAUUUACUUUAACCUGAUUUACCAGCAUUUUAUUUAUUUAUAAGGAAAAUACUUUUUUUUAAAAAAAAAAGGAACCUGGCGGCUUGCAUUACAAGUAAAAUAUCUUCUUUGUGGGAAAGUAUGAGUAACUAGAAUAUUGGCUUUACUCUUUUUUAUGCGAAGGUAUGAAUAAUUCCCUUAUGUUGAAUUUGAUUAACUCUAUUUAGAUCUCGAAGAAUUGCGAAAGGUCCCUCGCUGCACAUGCUAAUAAAUUUUUGUUUUUUGUUAAUUAAGAAACAAUAUAUGCUUUUGUAUAGACAGAAAACAAAAUGUAGAUUUUCGCACACACGCAAAUUUAGCUUCUAUUUCCAGAAAAUUUUUUGAAAAAAUGAAAUGCUAGGGUAAUAAUAUAAUCUCAUUUUUUCAAUUUAAAGAAAAAUUUAAUUUCAACAUUAUUAGCGUAUAUUUAUUUAUUUUCUGAAAGAUUUAAAAAAUUCCCAUUGGCAACUGUGCAUUGAAUGGACAAACAUUUUACCAUCUUGUCGGUGUCUUUUGAUUUCAAUCCAGUGAGAAUGAAAUGAGAAUAUGUGGGAUAUCUAACUUAAGUGUAAUAUGUUGCACAGCACAAAGACGGGGGGAGUGAAUCUGGUGUUGAAUUAAUUCCAGGACAUUUAUAUAACAACAAAAUACUACGCUAAUUUUUUUAAUCACUUUUGCUACUUUAUCGUCGCUGCGAUCAGUCCUUAGCAUUUUUUAAUCAAUGUUUUUUUUUUCUGCUAAUUAAGAAGGAUAUUACUCUAUCCCCCGUCUUUCACUAGAUUCGAGUUAAAUUUUCAAUUAGAUUGUUUGAGUCGUUGUUUUAUCUUUUUUUCGCUGAUGCAAAAUAUUUGUAGCGUUUCUCAAUCAUGGUAAUUGCUUUUCUGAUUCAGCUUUCAAUACGUGUUAAUUAUAAAAACGUUACAUUAUUCAAAAUUAUUCUUUCGUUCAACAAAUGAUGUUGGCUGGGACAAAUAAUAACAUCGGCAGUAAAAAGAAUGGUUAAAAGUAAAGAUGGAAGACUGGCCACACGUAAAAAUGGAAGAAUGGUCACACCUAAAGAUAUGAAAAGAUGAAAAAGGUUUUUUCAAGAUAUAUGCAAAAUGUCUGAUGUUUAUAAGAAUGGUUGAUUAAUUGGAUGAUAACCAAGAGAGGUUUCUUUAUUUUGCAAAUUUUGUAUUACUGAUUCGCACAUUCCUGUAUAUAGUGUGUUAAUAAGUGUAAUGCAUAGUGUAGUGUAUAAUGUGUAUAAAACCGGGUGAAAAGACGGGGAGCGUUUGAUUUGAGAGAGGAAAUUGUUUCGUAUUUCUAACCACAAAUAAAAAUAUGCAGGAUAUAUUUAAGUGAAGUAUUGUCAAUAUUUGUGACGUCAUGGUGCAUAAAAUGUGAUUGUUUGCUUUUCAGCGCUGCUUUGAUCAGUGUUGCACGAGAAUGUUUUCUUUAGGUCUGUUAAGCUAUUUCGUUUUAAAAAAACACAAUGUCCAUUUAAGGUGUUUUUGUUUUUGUUUUUGUUGUUUUUGUUAGUUAUUUUUGACUCGAUAUCACAGCUUCACAGUUUCACCCGUUUAGAUUUUGUGUUAAAAGAAUAAUUUUAGCAACAAUAUUUCGUAGCUUAGCUUCAGAAGUGAAAUUCUAACAAUUUCAAGAGGUAAACAAUGACAUGAAAAGAAAAUAAAGAUCUGACGCUACCGAAGCCAUUAACACUUAAUUUCAAGAUAAAAUGUGUCAAACUUCAUGUGAAAGAAAAAUCGGCGUAUAUAAACUUUCUUUCAGCUCUCGAAUUUCAUGAAAUGCACUAUUUUUAAGCAUGAAAGCGCACUGUGAUUUCUUUUCGUUGCAUUUUUUUAUGUGGCUGUUUCCAUGGUAACUAAACCAUAAUCACCUCGCCACUUCAUGCUCAGUUUAACAUGGUCAAAAUUGUUUGGUUAUAUAAAAACCAAGUUUUACAUCUGUAAUUAACUGUGUAUAAAAAUAAACCAUUGUUUACGUGGUGGAAACAUCGAGUGUCAAUUUCUUUUCUCUGACGACACAAGGGUUCAGUAAAAUCAGUUUCACCCGGUAAAAAGGUGGACGUUAAAUGUCAAAUUCCAACUACUCUUUUCUAGUACUUCCUUCUCUUUUUCGCAAAGAAGUUUAAAAAUUCAUUAAUGAACAUCCAGCCACAAUCCCACGCAUCCAAUUUUAAUACACAAUUGUCAAACUCUAAUUAGGCUAAACGAAGGAAAAAUUAAUUACAUCAAAAACUAGCCAUCUUUUGUGUUGUUACCUCCUGUUCCAUAUUUAUAUUAAUAUAUUUUCAUUCUGAAUCUAGGAUAUUUUCCGGGGGUAAUUUUGUCGUUGCAAUAAAAAGAAAGAAUAAGACCGACACAUUAUAUAUAUUUGUAACGAGUCGUUAAGACUGUACAUGUAAUGAGAAAUGCGAAAAGAUGUUCAUUAAUCGGUGAGAGGUUUCUGGAUCUUUUUUAUUGUCUUAUAUACAUUUUAAACUUCGCAUUUUUUAGACAGGUUUAACUCGAUGGAGAUAUGAAACUCACUUAGAAAAUCCGGCUGAAUGAGAACAAGACGUCGAAGUAAAUGUGAAAAAUGUGAAAGCUCAUACCAUAGCAACAGUAUGGCAUUGUGGCGUCAGAUCAAAGGUGUCGCCAGUAUGUUAUCCGGCAUGUUCUGUUACAUAGUUAGCGAUGCUUUGUAAAAAUAAUGAUUUUGUACAACAGAUAAGAUCUUUUCUUACAAACCGAAAGACAUUUUGCAUUGGAUGAUGAAUUAGCUUGACUCAUCCCUCUUGAUCGAAUCAUCGGAAGGGAUUGAUUAGAGGCUAAUGUUCUUUAUAAUUAUUUCAUUGUUGCGACAUAUCGCUUAAAUAAGCUCAAAUACACAGGUUGAUUAAAUAAAUUUGUAUUGUGGUUCGCGCCUAAUAGCACCAGCGCUCUCCUACAUGGAUAUAUUUUUGCUCUCUUAUCCAACUCUUGAAGUUAAAAUAUGUGAUCCACGAAGGCGAACUAACUUAACCAAUUAAAAAAACUGUUGAUUGAUUAUAAUUAAUUUAAACAAAAUGGGGAAAAACUGGUUGGAGUUUAAGAAUAGGGGAAAUUGAUGAGCAAACAAAAGACAGUGAUAAUGUUGACAUUUGGUGACAGUCUUCACGAGCGAAUUGUUGUUUUAAUAAAACGUAACGGUUCUCUCGUCUCUUGUUUGUUUUUAUAAGAAUACCGUCAUGUGGAGAAGGAUGUUUGCGUUGAUUUUAAAUACUGUUUAUUUUAUGUCUUAUACAUUCUUACAAGUUUUUACAGAUAUAACUAGAGUGUCAAGAGAAUAAGAAAGAAAAUAUAGUAUAAUGAGAGAGCAAGCUGUUGUAUCAUAUGGUUAUUUAGCCGGACACCGAGAUAUGCUACCUAGAAAUAGAUUCACGCAGACUGAACCUGCUAUGAACUACUCGACUUUCGAAGAAAACUUUUUGAAACAAACAAAAGGAAACACAAAAAGAUGUGUUCGGCGCCGUGUUGAAAAAGCACGAAAUCACCAAUACAGUGAUGUUGAAUCAGACACAGGAAGUGAUGGUCUGGCGGUUAAUUCUGGUGGUAGUGGGCGCUCUGGUGAUUGGGGACCGCCAAAAAGGAGAUCAAAACCUAGGGCUGGGAAGCAGAGAUGUCAUUCAAAGCCUUCUUUGACAGAUAGUGGGAUAUCAUUAUCAAAAGCAGAUUCAGGAAGCUUCUCUGAACUCUCAUACCAACAGUUGGAAGAUGACGUCGUUUUGCAAUACCCCAGUGAAAUUAAUCAUAACGAGAGGCGUACAGAAGAAAAACUGAACCAAAGUAUCGAGAAACAGUCUUCGAUUGCUUCCUAUCAACGAAGUCUGCUUCGACGAACGAACAGUUGUUCCGCAUUACCUUCGAAUAUCAAACCCAUUGUAAGGAAUAAACCCGUCAACAACUCGAAAGUUAACUUCGAUGCUGUGGAACGUCAACUUUCCGACAUCGAGAUUAAAGAAGAUUCAAUACUAAGACAGUGUUAUAAAAAUGAAGGUUUGACGGAAUAUAGUGAUACUAAAGGACGUAGUUAUGUUUUUGACUGCAGUCACCCACUGGAACAGUCUAGAUUCCCAUUACCUGAUCAUUUGAACUACCCCUUAUGUAAAUACCGAUAUAAAUCCGAAUCGGUUCUUAGCCGCACAUCAAUCAAGCCUUUAAAAAAGAUCAAAGACAGCUGGAGAAAAUUAAAAUCACGGAAAUUAUCUCAAAGUCGAGCCAACGAGACAAUCAGUACUAUCUCUUCUGAUACUAGCUACAUUGAUUACCUGCACGAAAUUGAUGAGGAGAGUGACGAUAUAUUGUCUCGAUUAGCUACAGAUCCUAAAGGAAAAAAAUCGUUCUUAAAAAAGAUAGUUAACCGUAUGGGAGGUAGCCGAACAUAUAAAGCACAAGAGAAGCCAACCUCUACACAGGGGAGUGACGCUUCGGUUAGAAAUAGCAACUUCCAACGCUCUGCCAGCACUCGUUCGAUUCCCGAAGCCCUUAAAAACAUGUGGAAUAAAGUCCAUGACUUAGAUUUCGACCAAGCUACAUCCCCAAGCAUCAACACGUUAUCCAGAGCUUUAAGUAUGCCCUCAAUAUCUACCAUCUACCCACGAAACGAACCAGAGGAAGUAAUAUACUUUGAUGAACCUGGUCUUGUUCAAAAUGAAACGAACUAUUUUAGCAAUUUUUUUAAACCAAUGGAGACGAAAUAUCAGAAACCAAGAACAAAACUAUCUGGAGGUGAUGAUGUUAUCACAGGUGUGCUUGGCGUGCACUCCACCAUUGAAAACGAACUUCAAAGUACUGAUUUAAGCUCUGUGAAGGAGAACAUAGAACCUGAAUACAGAGAUGAUGAACAUAUUGAAAAAACAACAUUUAAAACUGUUCAAAAAAUAGAGCAACCACAUCAACAAGAUAUGUACUCUUCCUGUUAUGAACUAUCUUCUCCCAAAUCGCACUUUUAUAAUCCUCAAGAAUACUAUUCAUCAUAUCUUGAAACGAGUACCUGCGCACAUUGUUCGUGUUGCAUGCAUAGUCAACGCCCGUCAACUCAGUUCAACAUUCCACCUUAUCCACAACCCAAUUAUACUUACGAAGUAUCCCACGGCCCGGUGUUAACUCCAGGACAAAAUUUCGUUUCAGUGAAUGGACAAUGUGGUAGACGAGAAAAUGUUAUUGCUCCACUGGAUGUGAAAAUGUCUUGCGAAAGAAAAGCUGAAAGACGGAAAAUUUCCGACAUGAUUUUUGAUACAUUUGUUUGAUUUAGUAACUUAUUUUGAUGCGAGGUUAAGUACGAGCUUCUUCAUUACCAGUACGUGAGGUUAAGUGCAAGCUUCUUCAUUGUCAGCUCUAAACACAUCAAAUUCUCAGCAGUUCUUGAAAGUGUAGCUAUUCCUUUCUAUGAAAGUUGAACCAAAUUUGUUUUUCGGCCUAUGUAAAUACCAAUUUUCAUUUAUAUAGAGGUAAAUUGUAAAAGUUAUCUUUAGAAUAUGAAAUAAAUUUUGAAAGCCAAA